GUUAAGAAAAAUUAUGUCAGUAUUAUUGUCACAUUAUUUUUUAAAUUUAUACAUAUGAUAUACAACCUAGUUUUAAUUUUUAUCUCACUUUUUACAUUUAUUUCACCUUGUUGCCCACCACAUACUUUACCAGUACAACGCCAAGAGGAUUCAUUGGAAAAUAAAUUUUAUUUAGUCCACGAAAACUGCAAUUUCUCUCUAAUAUCACCAAAAAAAGUCAUCAACCCAUACCGACAGGCAAUCGAUAAUAGAGUUGAACCUAAGCCUUUUGGCGCCUUUUGGUUGAAGUGUGCAGCUUGUUUAGCAGUUGCAAACGAAGUAGGAAAAGCCGUGGAAAGUGCUAAGCAAGUGAUAAAAGAAGAUAUACAUAUCAAUGAUGGGGUGUCCACCAACGAUACUGCACUAUUUGAAAGAAAGUUUAGCGAAUUGUGUACCAAUGGAUUCAAAAACUACAAUCUUAGAAAACACAAGGAAAUCAGUCUGGUAACUAAUAUGCUACAUUGUACUGAACACGUGAAUACACAGAUGGACGGGAGCUGGACGAAAAAAUUGAGAGAGCUAUGUAAUUUAUACACUUCGUACAUGGAUAUAGUGUAUAUUGCUAAUUAUAUCAAUAGCACUGAGGAAUUAAGUGGAUACUUAUGCAUGUUAGUAUUAAAUACAGUUUUUAUUUCUAUCUGGAAUAUUCAGAGAUUGUGGCAAUAUGGAAACAACGGAUAUUUCCCACAGUAUCGAGCAACUGAAUUUUUGCAAAAACAAGCAGUGCUGUUAAAAUAAAAACUCUUUUUAGUAACUCUAUUUAGAUUUUGCGAAAAGGUAAAUGUUUUCUUUUUCUUGAACUGGAGCCCUUGAACUUAUCUUGAAUAUCGUUGAAGAAACACAAACUUUCGCUACCCAUUUCCAUUCGCGGUCUGUGGUUCAAUCUAGUAAAUUGAUGUUCUGUGCUAUAUGACAACAGACGAACGACUCAGUUUUGUGCGAACAACGAUAACGAAUAACGACAAACAGACAUAACCUCAAUUUUUUUAACCGGUAUCUCUUCUUUAAAAGUCCCUUCUUUUGUCUAUUUUUUUAUGCUCAAAAUCAUUAAAGUAUUCCUCGACAAUGAACAAGUUUGUAGAAAAAGACAAAAGUAACAUGGACAGCAAACGUGAAAUGACAAUUACAUAUUAUUUGGAACUGAGUUCCGAUUUUAUUAGGAUUCAAGGAAUUCUGAUGGGAUUAGAAGAGAAAUUAGGUGGUUUUGAGAGAAUCAGAUACACAGGAGGCAAUGAAGAUGCAAUAGGGCUCAUUGUGAAGGCAAUAAAAGACUACCUAUGCAAAAAGAAGAAUUAUUUGGUGGACAAUAAAGUAAAUCCCAAAUAUGAUAAGCAACUGGAAGAACUUGUGUUCUUUUUAGCUAUGAAUACAACUUAUAAAAUACCAAUUCACUAUCCAUCUGCAAAUCUUAUUGGAAUAAUUGCUCGUCUAUCAAAAUGCGUUCUUACAAAUAUUGUUUAUCAGUUGAAUCUUGUCAAGUAUUUAUCUGUUGUUAUUGAACACAUGCCCAUGCAUGUUGGCGCUGAACUGAUUGAUGAGAUGAUACAGUGUAUGAAAAAAUCUCCACCAAAGCUGCAAAUUCAGAAUACUUAUUUGAUUCUAAAGGCUGCAGCUGCUAGGAUAUCUGCUGUAGAGGACCCACUACCAGUGGAAGAUGACGUAAGUAAUCUUGUAGAAGUGUCCAAUAUAAUGAUGCAAAACCUAACAAUGCUUCCUGUUGAUCAAGUUAACAAUUGGAACUCCUCACAGAUCUAUAAACACAUGGGUUAUUGCCUCCUCAAUUUAUUUAAUUUGCUUCUUGAUUGCAAAAGGAUUCCAGUCAUGAAAACUUUUAUCUACAAUGUGCUCAGAGGAUGCUGUUCUGUGGUUCAGAAUAUAACAGUUGAUGUUUUUUGUUUAUGGGCAGAGAUUAAAGAGGAUGAAGAAAACCUACAAAUUGUGAUAGCCAACAAAGCAUACAUUGUAACCCAGUGCUUUGAAGCGUAUCCUGACGCCUCAGGAUUGUUAUCUAUGCUGAAAACCAUUGCCAGGAAGCCAAAAACACUGACUGAGCAAAUUCGUGAGGCUGACAUUCCAAAGAUGAUCAGUCAGGUUAACAAAGAAAAUAGUGAUCAGAAGGUUUGGUUUCAAGCACUUCUGAGCAGUCCUCAGUUGUUGGAUGAUAAGGAAGCCCUGAACUGCAUCCAGAAGUGGUCCCGUCUUUGCAGUGAAGACGAACUGUUCUGUUUGCUAAACCUGUUUGCUGAAACUAAAAAACCUGCUCUGAAGAACGUUAUUAUCGACUCUGCAAAAAAUUUGAGCUUAGAUAAACUGAUGUCAGUGAUGGUGAAGCAUUUUUAUAGGAAUAAGUUAGAUUGCAUACUUUCAGAUGAUGUGGAAGCACAACUGACACUUAUUUUCAAUAAGAUUGGAAAGAAUAAAUGCCCGGUUGAAAACUUGGAAUUAGAAGUUAGUUUGCGGUUAUUGCAAAAUCCUAAAACAGUCAUUAGAUUCUUGUACCAGGAAUGUUUGAAAAGUUCGUUAUUUAAAAACUUUCUUAAAAAUGUAUUUGAGAGUUUGAAGGAAAUCGCAAGGAUUAACGACAUAGGCGUUUGUGUGUGGAACGACGUUAUCAGGGAAAAUCUCCCCACUCCAGGAAAUGUGAAGAAGUAUGCAGAGAUGUUUAGCGGGUUACUGGAGAUGGAUUAUAUUUCAAACGAAAUUGCUUGGCAGAAGAUACUAUAUCCGUUGUUGAAAGUUUUACAUGAAAGUGACAAUCUCCAAUGCUUAAGUUGUACCUUACAAAUAGUUCAGAACUCGAAGCUAAAGAUUCACCGAAAUCUGGAGAACAAAGAGGGUAUCGAGUUUCUAUUAACACUGAUGACAGAAUACAGAUGCAAAUUUUUCACAUUCAAUAGUCUGAAACAACACAUUGUCAAACUCAUUGUUGAUAUUAUUCUGGACUCAUGCAUUGUUUACAAAGAAGAUAAACUGAUAUUACCCAAGGAAGAUAUGUUCAGCAGUUACUAUAAGAACUACUUGACCGGUGAUACAGAGAAUUUCUUUUUUCAAACUUUGUGUCCAACAUUUGAUAUUAGCAAGCAUGGAGAAUGUGUAGCUAAAAUGUUGCAGAUCUUGCCCCUAGCUGUGACACGAGAGUGGCUAAUCAUCACAGAAGGCAUAAUCAAUAUUGGAGGGGCGGCUAGAUGCACAGAAUUACUGACGGACAUGUUGAUAAUGCUUUGUCAACUAGUAAGAACUCAAAAUUUUGAAUCCGCCGAGUCACUUAAAGCAGCUCUAAAGUACAACAUACAAAAUUAUGGAAUAUCUGUACAGCAAAAAAUUCUACAUGAUUCGCCUAUAGAGACAGAGGUUCAAGUCAACAUACAAGUGUGUCGUCUACUUUCUUAUCUGCCGUCAGUUGUGAAAGAAGAGGAGGGACUGUCACUUGCAAAUAUUCUAACCGAGAGAUCUCUGAAGUCGUUGAAAGAUGAUAAGGAAUUUUUAUGUUUAUUGCUACUUAUUGAACACACUAAUAUUUGUAAAGUACUGGCACAGAAAAUAACCACUUAAAUAUUUAUAACAGCGGCAUUUUACAUAUGUCUGAUUUUGGUUUUCUGGUGCAAUUCUUGAUUUGUAUACAUUUUAUAGCCAACACCACCGAGCCUUAUUGUUAAAAAGGCAACAACCCUCCCAAGUAUUAAUGAACGCCAACACACUUACACUUGCGAGUAUGAGUGGCGAUAAAAUUAGCCAUUGAUUUGCUACCAAUAAAAUAUUCAUUUUCAAGAAUAACACUUUUAUGACUUCUUAUUUAUAGUCCACUUCGUUUAACUAAAAGGUAACAUACAGUUUUAGGUGUAUUGACAGCAUA